CCGUGUACUCCCAAGCCAUAUAUGUAAGUUGAAAUCUCUUCAGAAGCUAAAUCUUUCGGGUUGCUCCAAAUUUGAGAAGUUCCCAGCUAUCAGGGAGCCUAUGAAAUCUUUUAGAUACCUUUAUCUGGAUGGAACUGCAAUACGCAACUUUCCUGUGGUAAAUGACUUGGAGAACCUGGAGAACCUCUCUAUGAUGGAACUAGGAAACUGCAGAAAACUAAGCCUGCGACACUUACUAUAUUUUGUAAAUAUUGCUGGCUGGUGGAAUGCUACUUCAAAGUCCUUGUUUAGGCUCUCUCUAAAUGAUUGCAAUAUAUCAAUGGUGCCUGACGGUCUCUGUGCCUUGACCUCACUGGAAGUAUUGGAUCUAAGUGGAAAUAUGUUUGAUCGCCUACCUUUUGGCAUGAAAGGACUCUCUCAGCUGCAACAACUCAGUGUAAAGAACUGCAGAAGGCUUGUCACGUUACCGGAACUCCCAACCAUGCUGUCAAAGUUGGAAGCAGAUAACUGCCAAUCAUUGGCUAGAGUAUCCAUAUACUCUGCAGAUCACAUGAACUCCUUUGAUUUCUCUUUCACUAAUUGCUUCAGUUUGGACAAGAUUGCAUGCAAGAACAUCUUGGCAUAUGCUCUGCUCAAGCUUCAGCACUAUAGUAAAGGUCUACGUAAUCAGAUGUCUUUUCUACCAGCUGUGGAAUCGACCUUCUGCUGUCCUGGGGGUAAAGUUCCUGAGUGGUUUAACCAUCAUAGUUCCGGACAUUCGCUAGUUAUGCAGCUGCCUUCAAAUUGGACAAGCGACGGAUUCGCUGGCUUAACUAUCUGUGCUGUUCUGGCAUUCGAGGAACAUUUCUAUGAAUCUGGUGUUCAACUCAAGUGUACAUUUCAUUUCAGCACCCAAGGACCCGAUUCCCAAGCCCUCCAUCACUGCUACUUUGGUGGCAGUGCUUAUGGUGGAAAAUUUCUCCAGUCAAAUCAUCUUCUAUUUGGGUAUGAUCCCAGUAUCCUCAAAGCAGUUAUCCGGAAUCAGUUGCUUGGAAAAAGCAAGCAGGUGGAUAUCCGAUUUUACCCAGAAGACAUGAACGAGGAUCCUUUGCCUGGCUGCAAUGUGAUUGCUUGUGGGGCACGUCUUCUAUGUGCACAGGAAGAGAAAUAUCUCGACUUCUCCAGCCAUUAUGGCGGUACUUCGGCCUGAUCUCUUCACGUACCGGAAUGGCGUAGUGAGGGUGAAGACUCAGGGCAUCUGCAUUGGCCACACCCUAAUGGACCAAGGCCUUAAAAGGUAGGCCAACUCUCUAAAAUUUGAACCAUAAUCAUUCCUUCCUCUUGGAAAUUUCAGUCAGCACAGUAAACACCCUUUGACUGGUGUGAUUAUGGUUUUAGGUGGAAUACAAGCAACCCAUGGACCGGAUAUAUACUCGCCGGUGGAAGUUGCAUGGACGGUGGACGUGGAGGGAAUCCUUGCUUAUAUCAAGAAGCAGCUGACGAAACCAUGACAACGUUAGCUUCAAUGCCUGAAGACGUUCACUUUCGUGGAUUACGAGUCUGAGUCGGGUCAGACUAUGAUCAAUAUACGUCCCCCAAGGAAUUUGAAUGGAUGUGUAACAAUAUACAACAUCUUUGAUUAAUGUUGUGCUUAUGACUUCUACUCUUUCAGCAUCUGAAUAGGUAUGGCGAAGGAAAGAAUAUGAAGCUUCCAAGCUGAAAAUUUCAUGGGGAUAACAUAACAGGGGAGAAGUGACGAACAGAUUCAAAAAUCUGGGAUUCAGUUUCACGAAGGCCAAAAGGCUUCUUUAUUUAGUUGAAGGCGCACAGGGAAGGGAAACGGCAGCGUUUCGAAGGGAGGUAGGCUUACUGUCAGAGAAAACUGGGCUACCAUUUGACAAAAGGGCCCAAAAAGCUUCUUCUCUAUUUAAUCCAAAGCCCAAAUUCUGGAAAUCCGGUGGCGUUUCAUGAAGGAGCCAGGCCUAGGGCCAGCGAAAACCAGACAUCCGCGGAAAAUAAAGAAACGGGUAUCAGACAG